AUGCAAAGACUAUCAUCGCUUCUUGAAAAUGCAGCACACAGUCACGGCGACCAAGGGAUCAUAUUCUACCCUGACCAGAUAUCCGACAGUGAGAAGACAGCCAGGGUCACUUAUCGAGAGCUCCACCGUCAGGCGUCGGCCAACAGCACAAAGAUUCGGCAACGGAAACGCUAUGCGCCCGACCAGAUAGUCCUACUGCAUCUGGGUUCGAGCAACCAUCUCGACACGAUCAUCUGGUUCUGGUCCCUCAUCUAUGCCAACUGCAUACCAGCCAUGUCAACCCCUCUUCCACAAGAUCAGGGUCUUCGCCUCAAGCAUCUGCGCCACUUGCAGACAUUACUGCAGGAUCCAGUCUGCUUCACCAGUGAAUCCCGAUUGGAAGAUUUUCCCACCGAUCUGACAAUCCCGCUCGAGACCGUCGAGCAAUUCCAAGAUUUGGACUUUGAGUACCCGAACGAGAGCGGACUUGCGCCUCCAACAAGCGGAGGCGCUGCCGACAUGGCUGUUUUAAUGCUCACAUCUGGCAGCACAGGUCCAUGCAAAGCCGUGGGUCUAACCCACCAGCAGAUCCUCUGCUCCCUGAACGGUAAAUGCGCCGUAUUCCCCCUGCAAAAUCCCAUUGGUGCCUUCCUCAAUUGGAUCAGUCUGGACCACGUCGGAAGUUUAAUCGAGAUCCAUCUCCACGCGCUGCUUGCCGGAGUCGAUCAAGUCCAUGUUUCCCCGAGCGAUGUGAUUCAAUCCCCGCUGUGGUUCUUGAAGCUCUUGGAGCGACAUCAAGUCGCGAGGACGUUCGCACCGAACUUCUUCCUGGCGAUGCUGGCGCACACCCUGGAUGCGACCGCAGCGGGAAGCGACACAUUCUUUGACCUCCAGCACCUGCAGUAUGUCGUAAGUGGUGGUGAGGCAAAUGGGGUCGGUGUCUGUGCCCGGUUGAGCGCGUAUCUCUCCCGCUGCGGGGCGGCGGAGAACUGCAUCGUGCCGGGGUUCGGGAUGACGGAGACAUGCGCAGGGUGUAUUUACAACCUAGGGUUUCCGAAAUAUGACAAGCGGCACGGGUAUGACUUCGCGUCCCUUGGGUCGUGCAUCCCCGGGGUUGAGAUGAGGAUUGCGUCCGUCGUACCAAAGGAAGUUGGUUAUCUGGAGGUCAGGGGGCCUAUUGUCUUUGCAGGGUACUUCAACAAUCCUGACGCGACGGUGGAAGCCUUCCAGCCCGGCGGGUGGUUUCGGACGGGAGAUACAGGAUUCCUGGACGCAAAUGGGUGCCUCAACCUCGCCGGGAGGACAAAUGACUUGAUCUCCAUCAAUGGGGUCAAGCAUAAUGCAUUAGCACUUGAGGUUGGGCUGGAGGAAGCGCAACUCCCCGGAGUCAGUCCGGGCGAGGUGGUCUGCUUCGCGCAUCGCGCCCCGGGGGUGGAAACGGAGCAAAUAUAUGUUGUCUACGCGCAUAGCUACUGCACGCACGAUAUGAAGGCGCGUUAUGAGACGCUGACGGCAAUCAGCCAUAAGGUCUCGCUCAUGACCAACACAAAGCCCCGCGUUCUUCCUCUGCUUGCCCUCGAACGGUCAUCCCUGGGGAAGAUAUCCCGGUCGAAGCUGCAAUCACAGAUCGCCUUGGGGGGGUAUGCAAGCGAGCAAAAGCUGGACGCAGAGCUUCUCCAAGCCCAUCGACGAGCCAUGUACCGUCCGCCCAGAACCGAAACGGAAAAGACCAUCGUCGAAGUCCUUUCGAGUAUCAUCCCGGACACGACGACCGACGGUCUGGGGGCCACCGCCAACCUAUUCGAAUUGGGCCUCACAUCUCUGACUCUCGUCCAAAUCCAACGUCAACUCCAAGAUCAACUCUCGCUGAACCAGCCCCUUCCCUUGGCCACUAUCAUGACCCAUCCCACUGUCCAGGACCUCGCUGCGGUCUGCGAAGAAGCCACAACGCACGAAUAUAAUCCGGUCGUGACCCUCCAACCGCACGGCACCAAGCCCCCGCUCUGGCUCAUUCACCCCGCCGCAGGCGAAGCCCUCGUCUUUCUCAACCUCGCCCACCUCAUCCGCGACCGGCCAGUCUACGCCUUCCGGGCGCGUGGCUUCCAUCGCGAGGAGCCCUUCUUCACGAGUCUGGACGAGUGCCUCACGACCUACCACGCCGCAAUGAAGAAGAUCCAACCCAAAGGUCCCUACGCGAUCCUUGGAUACUCGUACGGUGCGAUGGUCGCCUUCGAGCUGGCCAAGAGACUCGAGGCCGAGGGCGGUGAGGUGCGGUUCCUGGCGAGUCUCAACCGGCCCCCGUAUGUGAGUCCACGCCUACGACAGGUGCAGUGGUCGGAAUGCUUGGUGAACAUCUCCUUCUUCCUGGGGAUCCUGUCCCGCGAGGCGUUGCAUCGAUGCCUGGAUGCGGUGAGAGAUGCAUCAAGGAAGGAAGCGCUAGAAGUCGUCCUUCCUCACGUCGAUCAUAGUCGGAUGGUUGAAUUAGGGUUGAAUGAUCACAGCCUUGCUAGGUGGAUUGACGUGGCAUUUAGCCUCCAGGAAAUUGGGAGGGAGUAUCAGCCCGAUGGGGAGGUGGCCCAUAUGGCCGUUUUUCACUGCGAUCCCUUGGACUUUCUGAAAGUUGGUAAAGAGGAGUGGUUGCGGAGGCUGGCAGCUUGGAAGGAGUUUUCAAGAGAGGAGAGCGAGUACUACGAGGUUCCGGGAGAGCAUCACUCGGUCUUAGACGCAACACAUGUUCAGAAAUUCUUUGUUAUGCUGGUCAAGGCCCUGGCUGCACGAGAGAUAUAG